AUGCCACCAACAGCAUACGAGAUACAACGCCAGAAGAAUCUCGAAAGAAAUAAACUCUUGCUUGAAUCUCUGGGCAUCGAACCUCUAUUCCCUCCUCCGGCGAAACAGACCAAAAACCUGACGAAGGGCGCCAGCAAGAAGCGUAAAGCACCGAGUCCUACUGAUGACUCUGCUAUCGAUGUGGAAAAGCCUGCCAAGAAACAAGCGCGUCCAAGUGCUCCUGCAGAGAAUGCCGCUGGCCUGCGAAGGAGCGCGAGGAACUCCGGGAAGACAGUGGAUUACAACGCGGUUCAGGAGCGCGGUCAGCCAGCUCCUGUGGCGAAGAGUUCGUUAGAACAUGAUAGGGACGCAAACAGGCCCAUGGGGAAGAGAAAGCACGACCCGAAAACCUUUGGGGCUAUCCCUGGUGUACCAGUUGGGACGUGGUGGGAGACCAGGGAAGCAUGCAGCCUGGAUGCUAUCCACGCCCCCUGGGUCGCUGGUAUUUCUGGGGGACCCAAAGGAACUUAUUCAAUCGCUCUUUCUGGUGGUUAUCCCGACGAUGUUGACCUUGGCAGCGCCUUCACAUACACGGGCUCAGGUGGUCGUGAUCUCAAAGGAACAAAGAGCGCUCCUAAGAACCUUCGUACCGCUCCUCAGUCGUGCGACCAGAGUUUCGAUAAUCCGUACAACAAGUCCCUGAAGAUAUCUUCGGAGUCCAAAAAGCCUGUCAGGGUGAUCCGGGGCUACAAACUAGACUCUCCAUACGCGCCAGCUGAAGGGUACCGUUACGACGGGCUUUACGUCGUUGAGAAGGCCUGGAUGGACCAAGGUGUCGAAGGCUUCCUCGUGUGCAGAUUCGCUCUCAAGCGGCUUGCCAAUCAAGCUCCUCUCGUAACUAGUACCGAACCUCAAGCCGAAGUGAGCGGUGGUGAGGAGAGUGGUGCUAUCUCCGAAGAGUCUCAGACCGCUGUCGCUGAGAGCGGCGGAGCCGACGCUGCCUCCGACGAGCAGUGAUAUCGACGCGACCUCAUAUCAACCUUAACCAGCUCGGGCAGAUUGCCGACCGUUAAAAUUCCCAGGCGACAACCAAUCCAUCGUCCGAGGACGACCCCAUUUGCUAUCAAUUGCUUUCAUUCUGUAUAUCAUUAUCCUUGCUUUCUUGGUUCUAUGGAUGCUGGUAAAGGCUACCCUUCC